GCCUCCGACCCGCCGCGGCCGGCGCUGCCCGCCUCCCGGUCCCUGCGUCUCCGCGGUGCAGGAGCGUGAGCGCUGCUGGGAGCCAGGCUCGGCGGCACCAUGGCGGUGGAGGAAGAGGGGCUCCGGGUUUUCCAGAGCGUCAGGAUUAAAAUAGGAGAAGCCAAAAAUCUUCCGACGUAUCCGGGGCCAAACAAGAUGAGGGAUUGCUACUGUACUGUAAACCUGGACCAGGAGGAGGUUUUCAGGACCAAAAUAGUGGAGAAAUCACUAUGCCCCUUCUAUGGAGAAGACUUUUACUGUGAAAUUCCUCGGAGUUUUCGUCACCUGUCAUUUUACAUUUUUGAUAGAGAUGUUUUCCGAAGGGAUUCCAUCAUAGGAAAAGUAGCUAUACAGAAGGAAGAUCUGCAGAAGUACCAUAACAGAGACACCUGGUUUCAGCUACAGCAUGUUGAUGCUGAUUCAGAAGUACAGGGAAAGGUACACCUAGAGCUGAGACUGAGUGAAGUUAUAACAGACACUGGUGUCAUUUGCCAUAAGCUUGCAACAAGAGUUCUAGAAUGCAAAGGCCUCCCAAUAGUGAAUGGACAAUGUGAUCCCUAUGCCACAGUUACCUUAGCAGGACCAUACAGAUCUGAAGCCAAAAAGACUAAAGUUAAAAAGAAGACGAACAAUCCACAGUUUGAUGAAGUGUUUUAUUUUGAGGUAACCAGACCUUGCAGCUACAACAAAAAAUCCCAUUUUGAUAUUGAAGAUGCCGACGAAGUGGACAAAAUGGAGAUUAGAGUAGACCUUUGGAAUGCCAGCAACUUGAAGUUUGGAGAUGAGUUUCUAGGAGAGCUAAGACUUCCUUUAAAAUGUCUCCGACAAUCCAGCUCUUAUGAAGCAUGGUAUUUCCUGCAGCCCAGAGAUAAUGGCAACAAGUCAUUGAAGCCUGAUGACCUUGGUUCCUUAAGGUUAAAUGUGGUUUACACUGAGGACCAUGUUUUUUCCUCAGACUAUUACAGCCCACUUAGAGACCUCCUGUUAAAAUCUGCAGAUGUUGAGCCUGUUUCAGCAUCUGCUGCACAUGUGUUGGGUGAAGUUUGCAGAGAAAAACAGGAAGCAGCCAUACCUCUGGUUAGACUUUUUUUACACUAUGGCAAAAUUGUGCCUUUCAUCAGUGCAAUUGCAAAUGCUGAAGUGAAGAGAACUCAAGACCCUAACACCAUUUUCAGAGGAAAUUCAUUAACUUCCAAGUGCAUUGAUGAGACCAUGAAACUGGCAGGGAUGCAUUAUCUUCAGGUUACACUAAAGCCAAUUAUAGAUGAGAUCUGCCAGCUCCAUAAACCUUGUGAAAUUGAUCCUGUGAAGUUAAAAGAUGGUGAAAACCUGGAAAAUAACAGGGAAAAUCUGAGGCAGUAUGUUGACCGCAUUUUUACUGUCAUUACGAAAUCUGGGGUGAGCUGUCCUACAGUGAUGUGUGAUAUUUUCUUUUCACUGAGAGAGUCAGCUGCCAAACGUUUUCAAGGUGACCCAGAUGUACGGUAUACAGCUGUAAGCAGUUUCAUUUUCCUGAGAUUCUUUGCUCCUGCUAUUCUUUCUCCAAAUCUCUUUCAGCUUACACCACACCACCCAGAUCCUCAGACCUCUAGAACAUUGACACUUAUCUCUAAGACCAUACAAACAUUGGGCAGCUUAUCAAAAUCUAAAUCUGCCAGCUUCAAGGAAUCUUACAUGGCAACUUUUUAUGACUAUUUUAAUGAGCAGAAAUAUGCAGAUGCAGUAAAAAAUUUCUUAGAUUUGAUUUCAUCCUCUGGAAGGAGAGAUCACAAGAGUAUAGAGCAACCCAUACUGCUUAAAGAAGGGUUUAUGAUCAAAAGAGCACAAGGAAGAAAACGAUUUGGUAUGAAAAACUUCAAGAAGAGAUGGUUUCGCCUGACUAACCAUGAAUUUACCUAUCAGAAAAGCAAAGGUGAUCACCCACUGUGUAGCAUUCCGAUAGAAAACAUUCUGGCAGUGGAGAAAUUGGAGGAGGAGUCCUUUAAAAUGAAAAAUAUGUUCCAAGUGAUUCAGCCUGAGAGAGUCCUGUACAUCCAGGCAAAUAACUGUGUCGAGGCCAAGGACUGGAUUGACAUACUUACUAAAGUUAGCCAGUGCAACAAGAAACGCCUCACAGUCUACCACCCUUCCGCAUACCUUAAUGGACACUGGCUGUGCUGUAAGGCCACUGCAGAUAAUACUCCCGGCUGUACACCCUGCACUGGAGGCCUCCCUGCAAAUAUACAACUAGACAUAGAUGGAGAUAGAGAAACUGAACGCAUCUACUCCCUUUUCAACUUAUAUAUGCCUAAAUUGGAGAAAAUGCAAGAGGCCUGUGGGAGCAAAUCUGUAUAUGAUGGGCCAGAACAAGAAGAGUAUUCAACAUUUAUCAUUGAUGACCCGAAGGAGACCUAUAAAACACUAAAGCAGAUCAUAGACAGUGUUGGAACUUUGGAACAGGAACAUGCUCAGUACAAGAGGGAUAAAUUCAAGAAGACAAAAUAUGGAAGCCAGGAACAUCCUAUUGGGGACAAGAGUUUCCAGAGUUACAUCAGGCAGCAAUCUGAAAUCUCAGCACAUUCCAUUUAAAGUGUGAAGGAGAUCACAGGAUGGUGCUGAAGGGUCAAAUCAAUGAAGCAACAAUCUUAAAAACUAAAAUAAAAGGGAAGCCACAUGUAGCAAAAUGUAGAUAAGUGUCAAGCUUACAAACUUUGGGACUUGCUAAGUGUGUUGUUCUCUCUCCAAGAACUGUUACGAUAGUUGCUAUGCACUUUAUUCAUCUGAUUAUCAACAGAUGACUGAACUCUGCCUUCUAGGCAGCUGCUGUUGUGUGUGUGCGUGAGAGAGAGAGAGAGAGUGUGUGUGUGUGUGUGUAUGUUUUUAUAUUUGCUUUGGUUUCUUGGAAUCUAGUGAUCAGUUCAAUGAUCAAGGUGUGUGGACUUCAUCUUGACACUCUGGCAAUUUCUUACAUUGCUGAAACCAAGCAAGCUGUUGAAAGGCAGCAUUUUCUAGAAUUGUUUGUUACUGUUUUUUUUGGGGAGAGGGGGGUUGCUCCUGGUUAUUGUAUGUUAUGUCACACAUCUGCAUGCUAUAUUAGGAAAAGCUUAGCAACACUGCUUUUAAUGCCUGCAUUAAAAAAGGAAGUGGUAAAAAAGCCCUUCUUUUUUUAGGUUUCAGAGUAGCAGCCGUGUUAGUCUGUAUCCGCAAAAAGAACAGGAGUACUUGUGGCACCUUAGAGACUAACACAUUUAUUUGAGCAUAAGCUUUCGUGGGCUACAGCCCACUUCUUCGGAUGCAUAGUGUCGUCUCCCACAUUGUAGCUUGUAUUAUUGAGAGCUGGUCGAGGAGCAGGCCUUUUGUUUUUACGGUAGCAUAAUUUCUGUUAAAGAUGCACAGUUUUUAAUUGAAAUCCUGAUCUGAAUGGUACUCUUGAUAUUUUUGAGAUACAAAGUUGUUUCUACAAACCCUUCAGUGGACUUUUGUUUUCAAUAUGAAAUCUUGGUUCUCUAAUGAAAUUAACUAAAAUGAAUUAGAGUAGGUAAAAGAAAAUGUCUAGGAUUGACAUUAGUUUGCUAUACAGUCUAGUCACAGUAAGAUUUGAAUGGCUAUUUUGGAAGUGCCAUUUUAAGGAGAUUAGAUAGACAAGGUGAGGACAGUGAUAUAUUUUAUUGGACCAAAUUCUGUUGGUGAGAGAGACAAGCUUUUCAAGCUUACAUUCCCCACACCUGAAGAAGCGCUCUGUGUAAGCUCUGCUCUCUCACCAACAGAAGUUGGUCCAAUAAACGAUAUUACCUCCCCCACCUUGUCUCGCUAAUAUUCUGGGACCAACAUGGCUACAACAACAAUUGAUAUUUUAAGGAGAGGCUAAACAAUUUGUUCUGAUUUUGAAAACUGUCACUGCUUUCCACUGCAGCAGGGAGAGUGCUUAGAGCCCUGUGCCUGACAGCUGAAAUACACCAAGUCCCCAAGCAUAAGUCUUCGGAGAUGGUUUGCUACUGAAUAAUGCUUAAAAAUUGAGAUCCAUGCUAUCUUGGCAUCACUUGUUUUUUUGGAAUAUAGAUUUAUACUUUUCCAGGAAAGUUUUUUAAAUCUUUUAAAAAAUAUGUAAAUAAAAGUUUGCUAAAAGUAAUUUAAGCUUUAGUACAUUAGUUUGUGUAUUAAUGCGUUCUGAAUGUAGAGGAAGUGGAGUGAACUAUGUAUCUCAGUAAUAUCAACAAACGUUGAGGAGGGGAAUUAAAAAAUAUAUAUGUACGUGUGCUGGUUAGUUGUAUGCCAUAACUCUCCUCUGUAAGGGUCUGAUUCAAUAAGCAUCUAGCUGAGAUUGCACCGAAGCCCAUGCGAUGUCCUGGAAGUUAUGGGUCGUAAGCUUCUGUGCAGCAGAACUGGGUAUUGUUUUUCAGUUGAAUUGGAUCAGAAAAUAUUAAACUUUCAGCUUUUUAAUGUGAAGAUAUUCGUAUCUUUUCCUAAAGUGUUAUCAAAUAAACCUUCAACAGUGUCCUCAUUGCAUUUGGAGCAUACAAGACGCUGUAGAGCAGAAUCCCAAUAGAUGAUCAUCAUGUAUACAUUGUCCCAGGAAGAGUGGGGGAUGGGAAAUAGAAAAGUGUUGCAGAACAUGAAUUUUGGACUCCAAGCUGUUAGCUGCCAUUUAAUUGCAAUUUUAACCUGUAUUUGUAACUUAAUAUUCUGUUUAUAAAAUACUAAUAAUCUGUAAUGUGUGUUCUACUUGCCAAUUAAAAGAAGUGUUUUA